AGUGUGAGCGCAUCCUUUUUCUGGCUCCUAUGGGAAUUAAGCACUCGUCCCGCUGCAUGCUCCUCAGGAGAAAAAUGGCGGAGUCUGAGAGCAUUGAGCAACCACAGCCACAGCCACGACCAAUCCGCAUAAUUCAAUCCCAGUCGGCGCAGCCCACCUCGUUGCCCAAGCCGGUGCCUUCCAUCCAGCAUGCCUCACGGCCUCCUCUACCGCCGCACACGCCUCAUGCUGCCAGCCUCCCUAGCUGUACCGGGCGGGGGAAGAUGUCCAAGUCCCUUAGCCCAGAGGACAUGACCUCACGAGACUACUACUUUGACUCUUAUGCCCACUUUGGUAUACAUGAGGAGAUGCUGAAGGACGAAGUGAGGACGCUCACCUACAGGAACUCCAUGUACCACAACAAGCACGCCUUCAAGGACAAAAUAGUGCUCGACGUUGGAAGCGGGACGGGGAUUCUGUCCAUGUUCGCAGCCAAAGCGGGGGCUAAGCACGUGUAUGGGAUUGAAUGCUCCAGUAUAUCAGAGUACUCAGAGAGGAUCAUCAAGUCCAACCACCUUGACAGUGUGAUCACCAUCUUCAAAGGUAAGGUGGAGGAGGUGGAGCUUCCUGUUGAGAAGGUUGACAUCAUAAUAUCUGAGUGGAUGGGCUACUGCCUCUUCUAUGAGUCCAUGCUCAACACAGUCAUCUUUGCCAGGGACAAGUGGCUGAAAUCCGGUGGAUUAAUGUUUCCUGAUCGUGCCUCUCUGUAUGUGGUGGCCAUCGAGGACAGGCAGUACAAAGACUUCAAAAUACAUUGGUGGGAGAACGUGUAUGGCUUCGACAUGACCUGUAUCCGUAAUGUGGCCAUGAAGGAGCCACUUGUGGACGUAGUGGACGCCAAACAUGUGGUGACAAAUGCCUGCCUCAUCAAGGAGGUGGACAUCUACACAGUGAAGACUGAGGACCUGUCAUUCACCUCAGCGUUCUGCCUGCAGAUCCAGAGGAACGACUACGUCCAUGCACUGGUCACCUACUUCAACAUCGAGUUCACCAAAUGUCACAAGAAGACUGGUUUCUCCACUGCACCAGAUGCUCAAUACACCCACUGGAAGCAGACAGUGUUUUACCUGGAGGACUAUCUGACGGUGCGGAGAGGAGAGGAGAUAGUCGGCAGCAUUGACAUGAAGCCCAAUGAGAAAAACAUUCGCGACUUGGACUUUACAUUUGAGCUGGAUUUCAAAGGGCAGCUGUGUGAAGCGGCCAUAUCCCAUGACUACAAGAUGCGCUAG